CCAACUUUUGCUAUUUUUACCACACGUCAUUUCUCUAUUCCAAGGACUUGGUUUGGUUUUCUGUUUCCUCCCUUCCAAAAAGAUAAACACUCCAUAUAAAAACUGCCUGAAAAUCUCCCUUCUCCGAGUUUUUUCGUCGACUCGCCUCGCUGGCGAGGUUGGAUUCUUUCUGGGUUCCCAUUAUUCUCUCCUUGUUCCUCACACAAUCUUCUUGUAUUUGUCAUUUCAGAUCCAGAGAGGAAGAGAAUGCAGAAAGAUGCGGUGGCACGUUGGUAAUUUGAGCUUCCGCCAUCUGAGUGCCUUCCAACUGCGGGAAAAUGGAGAAGGGUACAGUCUUGAUGCACCGCUACGAGCUCGGCCGCAUGCUUGGGCAGGGGACGUUCGCUAAGGUUUACCAUGCAAGGAACAUCGUCUCCGGCCAGAGCGUUGCCAUUAAAAUCAUUGACAAGGAGAAGAUCCUCAAGGUCGGCAUGAUUGAGCAGAUCAAACGGGAGAUAUCUGUCAUGCGGCUCGUGCGCCAUCCCAAUGUUGUCCAGCUAUAUGAGGUCAUGGCCAGCAAGACCAAGAUCUAUUUUGUCAUGGAGUACGUUAAGGGUGGUGAGCUCUUCAAUAAGGUGGCCAAAGGAAAGCUCAAGGAAGACGCUGCCCGCAAAUAUUUCCAGCAAUUGAUCGCGGCCAUCGAUUUCUGCCACAGCCGGGGCGUCUACCACCGUGACCUCAAGCCAGAGAACCUCCUCCUCGAUGAGAACGGCAACCUCAAGGUGUCGGACUUUGGGCUGAGUGCACUGGGGGAGUCGCGGAGGCAAGACGGUCUCCUUCACACGACCUGCGGGACACCAGCAUAUGUCGCACCAGAGAUCAUUAACAAAAAGGGCUACGACGGUGCCAAGGCAGAUAUAUGGUCUUGUGGGGUCGUUCUCUUCGUCCUAAUCGCAGGUUAUCUUCCGUUCCAUGACUCAAAUCUCAUGGAGAUGUAUAGAAAGAUUAGUAAAGGAGAUUUCAAGUGCCCGCCCUGGUUCUCACCUGAGGUCCGCAAGCUUCUCACCAGGAUCCUUGACCCGAAUCCUAGCACAAGAAUCACAGUCACUAAGCUCAUGGAAAACCCGUGGUUCAAGAAAGGAUUUAGACCCAUUGAGAUUCAUCCAUGGCAACAAGAGGCUGCAUCCAGCCUUGGAGAUGUCACUGCAGCCUUUGCAUCCAAGUGCACUGAUGGGCCAGAUAAGAAGCCCGAAUCUGCAGUCCCCAUGAAACCCACUUGCCUUAAUGCAUUCGACAUCAUAUCCUUCUCCAAAGGAUUUGAUCUCUCAGGACUGUUUGAGAAGGAGAACGGUCAGAAGCAGGAGGCCCGAUUCACAACUAAGAAGCCAGCUUCAGCGAUUGUGUCGAAGCUGGAGGAGAUUGCAGAGACGGAGAGUUUCAAGGUGAAGAAGAAGGACGGGUUGGUGAAAUUGCAAGGGAGCAAGGAAGGGAGAAAGGGGCAGCUAGCUAUAGACGCAGAGAUUUUCGAGGUCACACCCUCACUUUUCAUGGUUGAGGUGAAGAAAACGGCAGGGGAUACAAUGGAGUACCAGCAGUUCUGUAACCAGGAACUGAAACCUUCUCUCAAGGACAUUGUAUGGACAUGGCACGAAGGUGAGCAGCAGCAGCAACAACAACCUGCUUAGGUUUCUUUUCGGAUUAUCACAUGCUGCCUGUGUGCCUUAUUCUCCUCUUCUCCGAGUGGGCAGUGUUGGAAAUUCUCCAUAGCAAAAAUUUUAAUGUUUCUAUGUUUUUAUUUUUAUUUUUUCCUUUUGUGUUCUGUAUCACAGCUGCAAAUGAUUUGUAGGAAUUGGGAUGUAAACAUGUUGGCCUAGCAAUCUAGCUAUAUGUUUGCAAAAGCACAACAGAAAUUUCUUGA